CUCCCACCUCCCACCUCCCUCCUAGCCUUUCCCUUGUCACCUGCGUCGUGCCCUUGUACCCUGCUCACUAUUCUGCAUCUGUUUGUUGCAUCAAUACGCUGUGCCUUGUAUGCUGAAUCGAAGCAUCCACGACAGAGGACAAGAGGACAUCAACAGUGGCAUCGACCACCGUACUCUGACUCUCGAAUCAGCUUCGCUGUGGCCCAGCGCGGACCUUUUGCACUGUCUUCCCACACAGUCACGCUAGUCAACGUAAACUUCCCGGUGGGCAGCACACACUUGUCAGUCUCGGCAAGCCGUCGCUCCACCAGCUGCGUCUGUGCGGUUCAGUAGGUCCAAAGAGCCCUGCCUCUGCCUCAGAACCCCGGGCCCAGGCGCAGGCUUUGCUCCCUCACGGACUUUCCAUCUCUCUCGUCACAAAAUUAUCGCGACAAGGCCAUCCAACUCGUUGGAUGCACGUCAUUCCCUACGCAUUCCAUCUCACCUUCCUCAACAUCACCUCUUCUCGGCUCACCGCAAUAGACGCCGUUUAUCCAUCCCAUCGAUCCGAUCUCUGAGCGCGGCCUGGAGCUUUGCGCGCUUGUCUCUUCCUAUCGGCCGCAACCUUGCCUCGACCGCAGAUCCACCCCGCGCCACCUGUUCUGUAUCACCUGCACCCGAAACUCCCUCAACUCUGCGCAUCUCGCCACCCUGCAAACAGAAACUCGGCAGUUCAUAACAGGUCGCUGCCUGCUGAUGUUCAUUCGUUGUUCUCUCUCCUUCAGUCAUGGCAAUGCAGGCGCCGCUUGCCAACGACAAGAAGAGAGUAAAAGUUUAUGAGCUGCGCGACAAUGACUGGUUUGACAGAGGGACUGGAUUUUGCACCGGCCAAGUCAUCAAUGAUGAACCGCGCAUCUACGUCGAGUCCGAAGACCAGCCCGAUCGCAUGCUAUUAGAAACUCGCAUUGUCAAAGAUGAUGGAUAUCAGAAGCAGCAAGACACACUCAUUGUGUGGACCGAAACCAAUGGCACUGACAUGGCCCUCAGUUUCCAGGAGGCCGAGGGUUGUGCAGUGAUAUGGGAUUUCGUUCACCAAGUCCAGCAGCAAUUGUUAUCCCUUCCUGAUGAUGGCCUCUCGGACGAUGCCCUCGAAAACAUCUCAAGCUCCUUCACCCUCAAUCCCCCCGAGUUGAAUAAUCUGGACGAGAUCGAACAAAGUAUACGACAUGCCAGCAUAACCCAGGGUGGGCGCGAAGCUCUAGCCAAGUUCUUGAUCCGCGAAGAAUAUCUACUCAAAUUAAUACCACUGGUUGAAAUGGCAGAGGACCUCGAGAGUCUACCGGAUCUACACCGGCUGUGUAAUAUUAUGAAGGCCCUGAUUCUGAUGAACGAUAACACCAUCAUUGAGCACUUGGUCACGGACGACAUCAUCAUCGGCGUCGUUGGAGCACUCGAGUAUGAUCCAGAUUUCCCCACACACAAAGCCAACCAUAGACAAUAUCUUUCGGACGAGUCGAGGUAUAAAGAGGUAGUGGAGAUCAAAGACCAGAACAUCAAGCGAAAAAUCCGACAAACAUGGCGGCUGCAGUACCUAAAGGACGUGGUCCUGGCGCGCAUCCUGGAUGAUCCCACCUUUGGCGUGUUGAAUUCCCUCAUAUUCUUCAAUCAGGUCGACAUCGUACAACAUCUUCAAGGCAACACAGCCUUCCUGAAGGAGCUUUUCGCCAUCUUCAGCAAUGACAACACAGAUAUCAAGCGGAAGGAACAGGCGGUGCACUUCCUGCAGCAAUGCGCUGCGAUUGCGAAGACGCUCCAGAUGCAGUCGAGAGCAAACCUCCUGAACAACUUCAUCGCACACGGUCUCUUUUCGGUCAUUACUUUUGCGGUAAAGCAUCCAGAACCCUCAAUGAGGACGACUGGCAUUGACAUCCUUGUGGCACUUCUCGACCAUGACCCCAACAUGAUGCGAGGUUAUAUGCUCAAGGCUGUAUCCGAAAGGAAGAUUCCGCUGACGGAUACCCUGAUCGACUUGCUGCACGCCGAGACCGACUUGGGCGUGAAGAACCAGCUGGCAGACGCGAUCAAAAUCUUACUGGAUCCGCAACCCCCUUCCAAUGACCCCAUGGGCAACCGGCAAAAUUCCGAAUUCAUGACGAAACUCUCAAGACCACAGAUGACGCCAACUCAGCAAGCAAACGAGCAAUUUGCGCAGGACAACUUUGACCGAUCGUGUCGAAAAUUGUUUCAACCACUCAAGGACCUCGAAUCUAGGGAAUCGAUGCAGAACUUCAGUUAUCAAGAGGUUUCGUUGUUUUCAUAUUUGGUCGAGAUAUUGACCUUCUUUGUCCGCCAACACUCCAUGAGAAGUCGGCCUUUUGUCCUAUCUGAGAAUCUAGCGCCACGAGUAGCUCAGCUGCUGCAGGUUCCCCAGAAACCGCUGAAACUGACUGCUUUGAAAUUUUUCAGGACAGCUGUCUCGUUACAAGAUCAAUUCUAUGCCGCGCAGGUCAUCAAAAGCGGAGCCUUCGACGCCAUUCUUGGAAUUGUCAUUGACACGAUGCCACGCGAUAAUCUCCUCAAUUCAGCAUGUCUGGAAUUGUUCGAAUUUAUCCGAAAGGAGACGAUAAAGCCGAUCGUUAUCCACCUUGGGGAGCAUUACCGGCAAAAGAUCCAGGACAUUACCUACGUCGACACAUUCGAGAAUCUUCUCAUGAGGUACGAGCAGUUGACGACCGACCAUCCGGAGCCAGAACACACCUUGUUCAGCCAGGAUGAUGCCACGCCUCCUAUGAGUCGGACACAUAUCAAUGGUCGGUGGCAGGGCCUGACCGAAAUGGAUGCCAGCGAAGAGGACUAUUUCAACGCCUCCGAUGACGAAGAGGAUGAGAUAGAGGAUGAGUCCGAACGUGACAAUAUCAAGGAUGUGUCUGAAAGGGUGAACCAGUGGCACCGCAGGAGGAUAAAGGCUGAGAUGAUGAACGGGAGCGCCAGUCCAAUCAGCAAACCGCUGGUAGAUUAUCCUGAUGAUGACGAGGAUGAGACGAUGGACACCAAAGCCGAUGCAACACCCAAUACCCCUCUAACUCCAGACAGCAACAAGGAUGUUUCUUCCCCCGAACCAAGAGCAACACCCGAAAAGAAGUUGCAGCCAUCCCCGGAGAUCAAGUCACUCGCCGAAAGUGAAUUGCAGCAACCGCCUGAAAGGAUGACGGAAAAACGACGACGGCAAGAAGAUGAUGACGAGGAUGAGCUUGGCAAGCUUUCUGGCGGUCCCAAACGCAGAAACUCAGCGUCUAGCACUUCGAGCCUUUCGUCCCAAGGUGCCUUACGUCGGAAAAAGGGCUUUCUGCGAUCGAAGCAGGCAGGCGGUGAAAACCCACCUAUGUCGACAAGCAACACCGAGACCGAGAAUCACAUCGAAGGCCGAAAACCUCGAAAAAUCGCCAUCAGUCUCUCCAAUGUGACGAACAAAUCUGACGACACGCCUCCGACGACAACGGAAGUCAAGCUGCAGAAUAAGCAGCAGUCGGUGGCGACCAAGGAGUAGGAAAUGGAUAGAGUUUUGCCGUUAUCUGCGAGCACCUUGCUUCUCUUUUCGCGAUGGUGUUUGAUGGAGUCGACGAACCACUAUUGUACACUAUGACCAAUAUCUUGGAGGUUACGAGGUAGAAGGGAAGAUCCGGUUGAUCCAGACCAAUAGAGGGACGAUGGCAGAGUCGAGAUUCGACGUGGAUGUCUCCGGGUCUGCACGAAUGCAUGACGAAGUUGCGCAGCAGGCCGCAGUUCCAGGAGCACCAAACGGCAAUCAAUAGCAGGACGUUGGAUGCCCUGUAGUCUGCCGGCCGGGGGACUGGGGGCUUUAUCGCGGUGAGCGGCAAGGAGAUGGGAGGCAAGGGAGAUGAAGUCGCAAGACAGGAAGAUGCGACACGAGAAGCGCUUCUCAACUUGUGAAGAGUAGUGCAAAACCCGCUCGGGGGAGAAGUGCCUCGUCCACUCCGACCGGGCUCUCUACUCUCCAUUGCAGUAGUCCACUAUGGGCGGCCUUGUGCAAAUGCAAAAGAUGAAUCUUA